AUGGGUGAACUGGAUGACUAUAUGAAGCUUUUGGAGAAACAUUUUGAAUCUCAAUUUGGGUCUCUUGAGACUUAUGGGUAUGAAAAGACCAACUCAGAUGAAGAGAAAGAAGGGAAUGUAGAAGCGAGUGAUGAUGAAGACAAGUUUACUGGAUUCAGUAGCGGUGAUGACGACAGCGAUGCAGAUGAAUUUGAAAUGGAGCAAUAUGAUGAUGAUGAUGAUGAUGAUGAUGAAGAGGACGACGAAGAAGAAGAAGAAGCACCAAAGGUGAUUAAGUUUGAAGAUAAAUACUCUCAACAAUCAAGAAUCACACCUAAGAAAACAGACAAGCUGUUGCUUAAAGGAGGGAGAGCCCCAACGUUAGAGGAGAUGAAGAGAAGAGAAGAACGUAUACUUGAGCAGCAAAAACGAAUGCAAAGGAAAGCAGGUAUUGAUGAUCCUGAGAAUUUAGAGAAUGAUUUAAAGUUGCAAAGGCUCUUGGAAGAAUCACAUAUCUUAGCAAAGAAAGUGGAGUAUUCAGGUGCUGAUGUUACACUUCAGACUAUUGAUUAUGAAGAUCCAAUUGGGAAUGCCAGACUGAGAACCUUAGAUCUGCGUAUAAGGGCCCUUGCUGCCACCAAUUCCAAAACCAAGGGCUUGCCAACCAGAUUAGAGAAGAUGCCUAUGUCCAUGCGUAAGGGUAUGAUACGGUCUCAUCAUGCUAAGACUGCUAAAUUUGAGCAGGAGGCUAAAGAUGCAGGGAUUGUAUUAGCUAAGAAGAAGAAAGGUGAGAUCCGUAUGCUUAAUCAUGGCAAGGGCUCAACACUCGUUUCCGAUAGAAUCGGCACUGGGAAAGCCAAGGUCACGAAGACUUCAAGAGAUAAGGGUCUUAAGAUUCAUUCCAUUGGUAGACUGACAAGAAAUGGACUUGUUAUAUCACAAAGGGACAUUGAUAGAAUAAAUAACCAAGGUGGAAGAAACCGUAAGGGAGGACGUCGUUAA